AUUGCCGUAGUCAUUGUUUGCAAUCUGCCGGACGAUUACUGUUGAUCGGAAAGUAUAUAACACGUACGGAAACGGCAGCGGAGCAUUUCCCUCCGUUUCCGUUUUCUUUUUCAAUACAUCCUCAUCACCAUCAGGAAGUAUAUAAAACGUACGAAAACGGCGGCGGAGCAUUUCCGUUUUCUUUCUUCCAUACAUCCCAUAACCGUCGUCGUCAUUCGUCAUCCGGCGGAGGAUCGGGGAGGCAUAUAAAACGCACGAAAACGGCAGCGGAGCAUUUCCCUCCGUUUUCGUAUUCUUUGUUCCACACAUUCCCAUGAUCGUCACUCUUCGCCAUGUUCACUUUCCUCAAUUUUCAUCUCCAGCAGUGUAUCGUUUUAGCAACAAUCCAAAGGUUGGCAUUUCAUAGCACACACGGGAGAUCUUUGUGGAUGAAAUGAUGAGGAAGUCAUUGAGGACUACUGUUGUUGUUCUGUUGUUCAAAAUCAAAUCAAGAAGGCUACUUUUUGUUGGUGCUAUUCUAACAGUUGUUAGUGCCAUAUUUCAAAUUUAUACACUUUCUUACCCAUUGACAGGGUGGUGUUUCCACCCUCUAGUGGAAGUUUCACCCACUAAGAACUUGAAUCAUGAGAGGCAUUUGGAGGAAAAUAUAAAGGUUGACCAUUUGGAGGCUAUUCAACAUUUCCAGUCAGUUGUUCCACAGAAUUGUUCUGCUGAUCAGGAUCCAUUAAAGAAAUCUUCAACAAGAGCCAAAAAGACCGCUCAUGUGAGAAAGCGAACAAGACAUUUAGAGCCUCCUUCUGCACCUUCUUUACUUCCUGGUAGAAAUGUGUCUAAUCACCUGCUGAGAUAUAUUGAGUCAUUGUCACCUGAUGAGGGACUUGCAUAUGCUAAAAAGGAGAUUGAGAAAGCCCCCUUGGUUGUUGAUGAUCCAGACUUGUAUGCCCCUCUAUUCAGGAAUGUUUCUGUAUUUAAGAGGAGCUAUGAGUUAAUGGAGCUUAUACUUAGAGUUUACAUUUACCAAGAAGGAAAGAGGCCUAUUUUCCAUGAACCUUAUCUUCGAGGAAUUUAUUCAUCUGAGGGAUGGUUCAUGAAACAUAUGGAGGAAAACUGGCAAUUUAUUACAAAGGACCCAAAAAAGGCUCACCUAUUCUAUCUUCCAUACAGUGCAAAGCAGUUACAGAGAGCACUUUAUGUUCGUAACUCACAUAACCUUAGGCCUUUGUCAUUAUUUCUACGGGAUCAUGUGAACAUGCUUGCUGCGAAGUAUCCUUUCUGGAACCACACUCGUGGAUCAGAUCACUUUCUGGUAGCUUGCCAUGAUUGGGGGCCUUAUACUUUGAUGGAUCAUGAGGAGCUCCUUAAAAAUACAAUAAAAGCUCUCUGUAAUGCUGAUCUUUCUGAAGGAAUAUUUGCUGCUGGGAAGGAUGUUUCCUUGCCAGAAACCACCAUAAGGAAUCCCAAAAGGCCUCUCAGGAAUGUUGGUGGAAAAAGAGUGUCACAACGCCUGAUCCUUGCCUUUUUUGCUGGACGCACGCAUGGCAGGGUUCGUCCCAGACUUAUAAAGUACUGGAGUGAUAAAGAUGAAGACAUGAGGAUAUAUGCAGCUUUACCUAACAGAGUGUCAAAGAUAAUGAGUUAUCCUGAACAUAUGAAAUCAAGUAAAUAUUGCAUAUGUCCUAUGGGUUUUGAAGUGAAUAGCCCGAGGAUUGUUGAGGCGAUAUAUUAUGAGUGUGUCCCAGUGGUAAUUGCUGAUAAUUUUUCCCUUCCAUUCAACGAAGUACUUAACUGGAGUGCAUUUUCAGUGCAUGUUGCCGAGAAAGAUAUUCCAAAACUGAAAGAGAUUCUAUUAGCUAUUCCGAUGAGACAAUAUCUUACCAUGCAGACUAAUAUCAAAAAGUUGCAGAAGCAUUUCCUCUGGAACUCAAGGCCAACUAGAUUUGAUUUAUUCCAUAUGAUUCUGCAUUCACUCUGGCUUAGCAGGCUGAACCAGUUUCAGAUACCAGAGCAAUCUUAAUAUUGGUUAGCUCUUCUGCCUGAUAUAACUGGGUAUGGAUGUGAGCCAGUUAUAUUUUGGCAUGGCUGAUAUCUACACAGUUAAGGAAGAGCUUCUUUAUUAGGGAAAGGGUAAUCAAUUUACUUAGGUCGGGUUAAAACCUGUCCAAGAGGGCUAGAGUCUGCCUUGAGUUUGGUGUCUGAAAGAAAAUAUUGCCAUAUUGAUGUGCACCGUGGACAUUGUUUGAUUGGUGCCAGUAGUUGCCUUAUGUUGGAUUGUUGGUUGGUUCUCUUCAUUUUUGCCACCUUUAAUUCAAAUGAUCUCAGGAGGCAGUGGCAUUCUGCAUGCUUGCCUGGGAGGACAACAUGCUGGACUGUUAAAGCAUUCAUCUAAAGUACUGAGGAUUUAUCAGAUCGCCCAUGGUCUUACCAAAAUCCUUGAUUCUUCUGUACUUCGGAAAAGUGUUGAGAAAAGGUUAGGUGUGUUGAAGAUAUGCAGCCUAAUAUACUACAUCAGUAACUUACCAGACGAAUCAGCAUUCAGUAUGUUAAUUUGUACUAUUUUACAGUAUCCGUGUUUUUAUCAUUUUGUGUGAUCAACUUGCAAAGAGCGUGAUGGGGGGAUUUUAUUUUAUUUUAUUUUAUUGAGACAAGAUUCAGAGCAACAUGCUGGUUAUUCUUUUGCCACUUAGGGAGCAUUUAAAGAGCACUUUCUUGGUGUCUGAUUUUUAUAGAUUGCAAACUUUAAUUUACCAAACUGCUAGGACAGAUAGCUGCACAGUGUAUCAAUGUACAUACAGAAGACUACUAGUUCUCUAAGCUAGUGCAUCAAAGGAGAAUGAAUUCUCAUUUUAGCUGUGUACUACAUCCCCUUUCUCCCCCAUUGAAUUAAUAUAUUAUAUGCUUAUGUAUUU